AUGGAGAUGCUGGCUACCGCCAAGAAAAUCUCCACCACCGCAGUUGCGAUGUUGGAAGAAAGGCAAGAAGCUCAAGAAGUAAUGGAUAACUUCCGCCAGAGAGAGCGUGAAGCUGUUGACUCCUUGCAGAAGGCCAAAAAACUCCGAGAACAUUGGGAGUCCAAAAUAAAGGAAGCUGAUAAGAUCCGGCGGGACGCCAUUGGCCCCCGCAAGAUCACCUUCGCAACUCCCUCCAAUCUGCAGCCACUCACAACUCCGAAGGAGAACAUGCAGAAGGCUGCGGAGCUUCUGAACAAGAAGGAUGAGGAAAUCGACAUCAACCAUCUCUGCACGCUCGUCGCUUCAGCCGUGCGGCAACAGAGCAAGGAAGACACUUCGCGCAAGUUGGAAUCUAACCCAGAGUUAUGCGUUUCCACUGCGCAAAAGGACGCCUCCAGAAGCAAGCACCGCGACGACGAAUCGCGCACCGGAUCCUCCGAGCGUAGAAGGAGAACCAAAGAACACCCGAAUCCAAUCCAUAAAUCCUUUGAAUGCAAGAACACAAGAGUUAUGAUAACUCGAGAUGAUGGAGAUGUGGAGUACUUGAGUGAAGGCGAAUAUGAAGCCUUGGUACAAGCCGCAACCAAUCAUGAAGAUGAUGACUUGGAAGACCAAGAGCAAGUCUUAUGUGUGCAUGAUGCAAGUCCAUCCCUUGUGGUGACCAAAGUGUUGACAACCCAUGCACUACCCAAUGAAGAUCAAAGGUGCAACAUCUUCCAAACAAGAGCCGGAAUCAAUGGCAAGUCAAUAAAGGUUAUCAUCGAUGGAGGGAGUUGCCACAAUCUUGCAAGCACCGAACUAUGCUCCAAACUCAACCUCACACUCCGGAAACACCCCCAUCCUUACCAUGUGCAAUGGCUAAGUGACAAUGGAAAUGUCAAGAUACAACACACCGUCUCCAUAUCCUUCAAGAUUGGCGCCUAUGAAGACACCGUUGAUUGUGAUGUAGUGCCCAUGACGGUGUGCCACAUGCUACUUGGUCGCCCUUGGCAAUAUGACAAAAGAGAAUUCCAAGAUGUCUUCCCCGACGAGCUUCCUCAUGGACUACCACCGCUUCGAGGGAUUGAGCACCGCAUCGACCUCAUACCCGGCGCUCCUCUACCAAACCGCGCCGCCUACCGCACCAACCCCGAAGACUCAAAGGAGAUUCAACGCCAAAUACAAGACCUCCUCGAAAAAGGGUAUGUUCGUGAAAGCUUAAGCCCUUGUGCGGUUCCCGUGAUUCUUGUUCCUAAACCGGAUGAGACGCAACGCUUUGUGGUUUCCGCUAAUGGUAUUGAAGUUGAUUCUUCUAAGGUUGAGGCCAUCCACAAUUGGCCCACUCCUACCAAUGUUGCUCAAGUCCGAAGUUUCCAUGGACUUGCCGGUUUCUACCGCCGCUUUGUGAAAGAUUUUAGCACCAUUGCUUGCCCUUUGAAUGAGCUUACCAAGAAGAAUGUUCCGUUUGUUUGGGGUAAGGCCCAACAAAAUGCUUUUGAUGAGUUGAAGAAACGCCUUACCGAGGCACCACUCCUUGUUCUUCCAAACUUUUCCAAAACUUUUGAGAUUGAGUGCGAUGCAAGUGGACUCGGUAUUGGUGGAGUGCUUAUGCAAGAUGGAAAACCCGUGGCAUACUAUAGCGAGAAGUUAGAUGGCGCACGCCUCAACUAUCCUAUAUAUGACAAGGAACUUUAUGCUUUGGUUCGUGUUCUUGAAGUUUGGCAACACUAUCUUUGGCCAAAAGAGUUUAUUAUCCACUCCGACCAUGAAUCCUUGAAAUAUUUGAAAAGUCAACACAAUUUGAACAAAAGACAUGCAAAGUGGGUUGAGUUCAUUGAGUCCUUUCCAUAUGUGAUCAAAUACAAGAAGGGCAAGGACAAUGUUGUGGCGGAUGCUCUUUCCGCAAAGCACCAAGGAUUCUUGUUCAAGGGCAACAAACUUUGUAUUCCCACGUCUUCGCUUCGCCUUUUGCUCUUACAAGAAUCGCAUGGUGGUGGUCUUAUGGGACACUUUGGACGAGAGAAGACAUAUGCCAUGCUCUCCACUCACUAUUAUUGGCCAAGAAUGUACCGCGACGUGGAGCGCCUUUGCCGACGGUGUACAACAUGCUUACAAGCUAAGUCUACCUCCAACCCUUAUGGUCUUUACACUCCGUUGCCUAUUCCAUAUGCACCAUGGACCGAUAUUAGCAUGGAUUUCGUUCUAGGCUUGCCUCGCACUAAGCAUGGUCAUGAUUCUAUAUUUGUGGUAGUGGAUAGAUUCUCUAAGAUGGCUCAUUUCAUACCUUGCCAUAAGAGCGACGAUGCUUCACACAUUGCUUCAUUGUUUUUCAGGGAAAUUGUUCGCCUACAUGGAGUACCGCAAAGCAUUGUGUCGGAUCGAGACGUCAAGUUCAUGAGUUAUCUUUGGAAGUCGCUCAUGGCGAAGUUUGGAGUGAAGCUCUUAUUCUCAUCAUCCUCGCACCCGCAAACGGACGGCCAAACGGAAGUGGUCAAUAGAAGCCUAUCCUCUCUUCUACGCAUCCUCGUGAAGAAAAACUUGAAGUCAUGGGAAGAGUGCCUCCCACACGCGGAGUUCGCCUACAACCGCGCCAAGCACACGACUACGUCAAGGAGUCCCUUCAUGGUCGUCUACGGGUUUGAGCCGCUCACGGCACUCGACAUACUACCACUUCCCCUAGUGUGGAUACAUCUUCGCAAGGACCGUUUCCCUCAAGAAAGAAACUCCAAGCUCAAGCCCCGAGGUGAUGGUCCCUUCAAGGUCCUCAAGCGAAUCAACGACAACGCCCACGUCAUC